AUGGAAGGCAUUGGCGAAAAGUCACCAGAGAGAUUCAAAUCCGGAUAUCAAAUUGCCGUGAUCGGAGCCGGACUUGUCGGCCUAGCUCUGUCAAUCUCCCUCCGAAAAUUCGGAUACAACGUCACGAUAUUCGAAAGUGAUGUAGAGCUCAAAGAGGUAGGGGCCGGUAUCGUUCUACCACCCAACUCUACCCGUGUCCUGCACACUCUCGGCCUUCUGGAAGCAGUCAGAAGCAGAUCAUCCGCAUCCCAUUACUGGGUAUCCCACUCCUACCGCGCACAGCCAUCCAACACCCAUGAUGGCGUUGCAGACCCCAACCCUCUCGCUGCUCUUUCUCUCGAGCCAGACAUGGAGCAACAAUACGGCUCCCCCUUCCUCGUCAUCCACCGCGCCGACCUGCGCAAGAUCCUCUACUCCGCUGCUCAAUCUGCCGGCGUCAAGAUCCACCUCGGUGCCAACGUCGAUAUCUCUCGUACCAAUUUUACCACUGGCUCAAUAUGCACUACUACACCCACAAACGACACAAUAUACCACACUGCAGACCUCCUCUUCGCCGCCGACGGCCAAGCAAGCAGCACCCGCACCUUCCUCAACACCCAACCCAUCACCCCACGCUGGAGCGGCCUCAUCGUGACUCGCGUCCUGAUGUCUGUAUCGGACAUGCACGCCCUCGGCAUGUCCUCCCUGAUCUCCCCUCCAUCUGUCCAUAUCUGGCAGGGCCCACACACCAUGGCCACAGGCUACCUGCUCAAAGACGACUUCUACCUCGCCCUGACCACAGACGUCUCUGCUUCGCCACACGCAGCCGCCAUCCACGAGUCGCUAUUCCGCGGCCCCAGACCGGCUUCGAAAGCGGAGUUGCUGGCAUUGUAUUCCGCGCCGUGGGAUCCGCGCAUUAGAACAUUGAUCGAGCAUGGGACAGGCUUUUUGAAGUGGCUUGUGUUGGACUAUCAUGCUGAUGUGUCGGUGCCAAGAUCAUGGGCGCGGGCGAGGGAAGGGGAGAGGUUGGCGGUCGCGUUGGUCGGGGAUGCGGCGCAUGCGAUGAAGCCGUUUCUUGGGUCUGGUGCAGCAAUGGGGUUUGAGGAUGCUUCGCUUCUUUCGAAUUUGCUUGGUUAUAGUUCCUCUGUUGUUGAAGUGCGUCGUGCUCUGGCUUUGUUCGAGAGAGAGCGACGUCCGCGCACGAGGUUCGUUGGGAGGAUGACGGAUAAGAUGGGAGCCAUAUGGACGUUGCCGGAUGGAAAGGAGCAGGAGGACAGAGAUAGAACGUAUAGGCGUGAAGGGGGCGUCGGAGUCACGGGGAGGGAGACGUGUGGGUUCCCGAAUGCAUUGCAGGAUCCAGGAUUUCAGGGAUGGCUGUAUAGCUUUGACGGGCGAGUGGAGGCUGAGAGGUUGCUGAGAAGGGAAAGCAUGGACAGUCAGUUGUGA